AGUUCGAGAUUACGCUUGCGUACAAUAAAAUUGCCCGAUACUGUCUCUUCCUUUUCCGCUUGGAUCUACUAAAGAAGCAAAAUGGUACAGCGACUAACCUACCGACGUCGAUUGUCAUACAAUACAAAGAGUAACAGGAGACGCGUUGUGCGUACUCCUGGAGGAAAAUUAGUAUAUCAAUAUCUUAAGAAACCGAAGAAAAUUCCAAGAUGUGGUCAAUGCAAAGACAAAUUGAGGGGUAUUCAACCAGCCAGACCUAUGGAAAGGUCGCGAAUGUGCAGACGGAAAAAGACUGUUAAACGUGUAUAUGGUGGUGUUCUUUGUCACAAAUGCGUCAAAGAAAGAAUUGUUCGUGCGUUCCUUAUAGAAGAACAGAAGAUUGUCAUAAAGGUGAUGAAAACGCAUGCGUUUGCAAAAUUGAAGAAAGCAGAAAAAUAAUCAUUUUCUUUUUAAUAAUUAAAUAAAAUAUAUUUAAAAGGA